AUGGAGGAAGAUAGCAGACUUAGAAAGCGUCAUAGGAUUGGUGAUGAUUCAAUUACUAGCUCUACUUCUAAUGAGACUUCUUCACGGAGCAACAUUAUGAAUCCAAUCUCAGCUCCAAUUAAUGCUCAAAUGGUCACAACUGGAGAUAAUUUACCUAAGCAUACUCUUUUGGAAAUCAGGUAUCCAAACAUGAAAUUCCUUCAACCUGUUGGUCUUUCUAGAGGUUUAGCGCUUUUGUGGAAAGAUGGGUUUAUCUGUGAUGUGCCUUGGGUACUUCUUGGUGAUCUUAAUUUUCAUAUUUUAGAUUGUUCUUCAACUGGUUCUUCUUCAGGAGAUGGUUUAGUAAAUUCCAUAAUCAAUGAGGUGAGCUUGCAAGACUUGGGUUUCAUAGGUAGAGAACACACUUGGUCUAAUAAUAAUAUGGGUACUGGUAUCAAAAUAUCAAGGCUAGAUAUGGCUUUUGUUAAUGGUUCAUGGAAUCAACAUUUUCAAGAUUGUAAACUCAUUCAUCUUCAACAUUCUGGAAGUGAUCAUUGCCCCAUUAUGCUGGUGACAGAUUACUCUCAACCAAAGCUUUGGAAGCCUUUUAAGUUCUUUAAAACUUGGCUGCAGGAUAAAACUUGUGCAGCUGAAAUUGCAAAAGCAUGGGAAAAAUCAGUUCAAGGAUCUGAAGGUUACAGGCUCAUUAAAAGACUUCAGUUUACAAGGAUUACUCUAUCUAGAUGGAACAAAACUCACUUUGGUAAUAUUGAUCAGAAUGUUGAUUUUUUUCAACAAAAAUUAUCUGAGAUACAAGCUUUACCUUUUUCUCAAGAUAAUACUGCAAAGGCAAUUGAAGUAAAUAGAGAAUUGGAUAAAUGGCAUAAGAUUCAACAAGAGUUUUACAAACAAAGAUCUAGGGAUAAUUUUGUUAAAGAAAUGGAUUACAACACUAAGUAUUUCCAUACUUUAACAAAGAGGAAGAGAGCUAGAAACAACAUUGAUUCCUUAAAGACUAAAGAUGGUUCUUGGCUUCAUUCUAGAAAAGACAUAUCUGUGUUGUUAACUCAGCAUUUAAAAAAAAUAAGUACUUCUCAAGAUCCUUCCAUUGAAGAACAUCAUUAUAUUCACAUUCCCACUCUGAUUUCAGAAGAAGAUAAUAGGCUACUUCUACUUCCACCAUCUAAUGAAGAGAUAUACAAGAUUCUUAAAAGCAUGGAAAGUUGGUCAGCCCAGGGCCUGAGGGAUUUCAAGCUGGAUUCUAUAAGUCUCGGUGGAAUAUUGUUGGUGCUGAUGUUUGUGAUAUGGUGA